AUGGGGGAGAGCGGGGUAGCGAAAAUCCUCAAGCCUGGUCGCGGUCGGUCAGUCGAAAAUGAACAACGAGCAGCCGCACUCUCGCCCGCCAAGUUGGAGUUGGUCAAUUCCGGUUAUCGUCGUCAGAGCAGCAACCGGUGCACAAGGAAGUGUGAACGCAAUUUCGUCGCCCAUCCUGUCUUGUCCUUCCCACCAUCAUCAUCUGGACCCUCAGCUUCAAGCUCGUCCUUGCCCUUUUCACAUUGGACCACUCGGACGCACGCAUUAAGCAUCUCCAUCGAACUUCUCCGUUCGUCCUAG